AUGGGAAGGGAGAGGAGGAAACGUGAGAGGGUGCAGAAGAGGGACAAGGGGUGUACGGACGACUGGAAGGCUUAGGAACUGGGAGCAGAGUGCAGUGGCCAGCGAAGAAGGAAAAAGAAGCCGGUGCUGAUGGUUUUAGAGCCCUUCUUGUAGAAACGCCGCGUCCGCUCCGACGACGCAACUUUCAUUAUUGCGCAUAUUCUGAUUUCCAUCACUAAUUUGGGUGGGCAGACGGGCCGCCAUGAUUCUUGUUUGGGCCGACCUUCAUUUGUUUCGAGCCCGGCCUUUCCAUUGCUGUCGAAUGCAAUUUACGCUGGCAAUCCGCCACUCUUGUCUCCCGCAUUACACUCAGGUUAAUGGUUCAUCUUUUAUUCCCGAUUUUUCUCCACCGUGCCUUCGGAAUCGUGCCGUGAUUAUGCGAGUUUGAUCCGCGGUUUCGCUGAUAUUACACUGAACGUUGUGACAUUGUGUUGAAUAUUGCGAGUUUUGAUCCUGAUUGUGAUUUGUAGGGAGUUCGCUUAAGGUUCUGACGUGCCACCUCAAGUCGAAUCUCAAAACCCUAAGGCGCCUCACGAAGCCGCAGGUGUGAAUGCGGUGGUUACACGAGGAGGCGAUCAUUGCCCAAAGCGAAAAAGCGACCCCGUUUCCUCUACAACCGGAAACCUUCCCGGAGGCUUACCAUCUUCAGCUCAACCUUCAGGCCACGGUCUAGGCGGAUUCGGUCCAGUCAGCUCACGGUUCAGGUGGAUUCAGCCCCCCACGGUCUGCGUCUGGCUAGCCGUUCCCCAUUACUCUUUCUUGUUUGGUCGAUGCGCUUAG